GUCUGCUGAUUUGUUUAAAGGGACAUUGUUAAUGCUAUUGUAACAGCUUUACUCUUCUCUAAGGACAUCAGGGAAGUUUAAAAGGACAGCCACAAACAAGGACUGGAACAGAAAGACGCACACAACGACAUCAUGGACAUGGAAAGAGCGCUGCUUUGCUGUGAAGUUAGUGAUGAGAGGAAAGCCAUGAAGGACCCAGCUUUGCUGGGUGGUCGAGUUCUGCUCAAUCUCUUGGAGGUCGAAGAACGUUACCUGCCUUCAGCUUCCUACUUUCAGCGUGUGCAAAAACAUCUUCAGCCACACAUGAGGAAGACUCUAGUUAACUGGAUGUUAGAGGUUUGUGAAGAGCACAGCAGUGAAGCAGAGGUUUUCCCACUGGCAGUAAACUAUCUGGACCGGUACUUGUCAGUUAUCUCCACUGACAAGACCCAACUGCAGCUACUUGGAGCAGCCUGCCUUCUCCUGGCCUCUAAAUUUAAAGAAACAAAACCUAUGAGCAUAGAAGAGCUUUGCACAUACUCUGAUUAUUCAAUUUGUGAACAGGAGUUGAAGGCAAUGGAACUGCUAGUUUUGAACAAGUUGAAGUGGGAUAUUGCUGCAGUGACCCCAUCAGAGUUUCUACCUCAUAUCUUAGAGUGGCUUCCACUUCCAGAAGAAAAAGUCCAUCUUGUGCAUAGGCACACUGACACUUUCAUUGCACUUUGCACUACAGAUUACAGUUUCAUAGCAUUCCCACCAUCCAUAAUUGCAGCUGCCAGCUUGGCUGCUGCUGUCACAGGUCUACAGCUCAAACAAUGUGAGGGGCCAUUCCACAACCUGGGAUUUACAGACUGCCUGGCACACCUUGUCAGAUGUGAUUCGGAUUUUCUCAAGGCAUGUCAGGAACAGAUUGAGUUCCUUCUCAAAUCCAUUGUACGGCAAUCACAGAGGGAUCAAAGUCCAGAAACCAAAUCUGUUGAUGAGCCAGAACGUUCCAGUACUCCCACUGACCUGCAAGAUAUUGAUCUGUGAUGGAGAACUUCAAAUAUUUUUCUACUGUAUUUAUUUUUUAUAGACACAUGAACUUAACAUUCCAAGAAUAUAAGUAAUUAUUUUAUUUAUUUAUUGAUAUAUAUUUUUAAAUUAUCUUAUGAACAUAGUCAAGUGAACUCAUGGGUUCCUUAGGAACAAAUUUAGCAACAUGAGGAAAUGGAACUGGACCAAGGCACAAAAAGUGUGCAGUAUCUUAAUGUAUAAUGUUGUGAUUGCAACCCAAGUACCCACAGAAAAAUUGCAACCCAAGCACCCAUAGAGAAAUGUGCCUAAGAAUCCGUGAUGGCUGGCCUUUUAUACUUUCUUUUGUGUGUCUGUAUGGCAUUCAUGUAACUGAAUAGAAAAGGGAUUUGUACUAUA